GCGGGCUGCCGGCUCCGCGCCCCGCGCCCCGCCCGCGGACGCCGCUCGGCCCUGCCGGCUCACCCUAGCUUGACUCCCCGCGAGGGCUGUGGGGAGGGGGCGAGGAGGAGGAGCCGAGGAGGAGCGACGGGGAGGAAGGAUCAGAAAAUGGUGUGUUGAGAGGCACCGCAGAGGUCAACUGGACCACCUCCCUUAGAUCUCCGUGAAGUUGUAGCCACAGGCUCAAGUGGGCUCAUAAUCCCCAUCCCGGACAGACUGGAAGUUACAUCUGCCAGACACAUUACUCGGGCACCCGAGUUCCUGCAGAGACACUUACUUGUUCAAUUCCUGACUUUUAGCCCUGCCCCACCCUUCAGCUGCCUUCAAGUCCCAGCACUGAUAGCCUGAGUAGAAGUGGGAGUCAGAAGAAGCAUGAGAACUCAGGACUGCAGAUUCAGAGACUGUGACAGGCUGUGGGAUGACUCUACCCCAGCCUCAGCCCAAGAGCCCUGGAAUUCCAGGACUUCACCUACCAUCACCAAGGAUAUGGCUGGCCACCUGAGACCAUGGGUGAAUGUGCCAUGAAGUGCUGUGAGGUUCCCAAACUCCAUGCAGGGCUACUAAUUUUAAUAUAAGGAAGCAAGACUAGGAUGUGUUUCCACUUAUUUUAGGGAGUGGAAAUCAAAUCAGGCAUAAGUACUCUGUGCACACAAAGAGUGACUGUGAUGAGGCUUAAAGCGGAGGAGAAGAGCUAGUAAUAAUAUAUUAGUAGUAGUACUAGUGAUGCUGAUGAUGACAGUAACUACCAAGCGUGAAGAUUAACUUUGUGCUUAACGGUUUGGCCCGCCUUCCCCAGUGACAGUCUGGCUUUUUGGAUUCGAGCUGCCUGGUCAAACUGUGAGGGUCUGCAGAAAGAAGGAAGCAACAGUGCCAGGUUCCAGUGCGUGUUCCAAGUUCCACAUUCUGCCUUCAGACGCCCGGCGCCAAAGCAAAGGCUGGCCCUUGGCAGGGGACUGCUCAGAACGUGGAACUCUGGAGACACUCCUGAAACUGCCCUAAGUCAAAAGAACCAGAGAGUCCACCAGUUCUCCCUCCACCUCCCUUUCCAGGAGCAGCCAUGGCCCUGAGUGAUGUCAAUGUGCAGAAGCAGAUUAAGCACAUGAUGGCUUUCACUGAGCAGGAAGCCAGUGAGAAGGUAGAAGAAAUAGAUGCCAAGGCUGAGGAAGAGUUCAACAUUGAGAAAGGAUGCCUUGUGCAAACCCAAUGACUGAAGAUUAUGGAGUAUUAUGAGAAGAAAGAGAAGCAGAUAGAGCAGCAGAAGAAAAUCCAGUUGUCUACCAUGAGGAGUCAGGCAAGGCUGAAAGUCCUGAGAGCCCGAAACGACCUCAUCUCAGAGUUGCUGAAUGAUGCAAAGCUGUGACUCAGCAGGAUUGUGGCAGACCCAGGAUUUUACCAGGGGCUGCUGGAUAAACUAGUGCUCCAGGGUCUGCUCCGACUGCUGGAGCCUGUGGUGAUUGUACGCUGCAGGCCACAGGACCUCCUCCUGGUGAAGGCUGCAGUGAAAAAAGCCAUCCCUCAAUACACGACAGUCUCCCACAAACGCGUGGAAGUCCAAGUUGACAGAAAGAUGCAACUGGCUACAGAUGCGGCUGGAGGUGUGGAGGUCUACAGUGGUGAUCAGAGAAUAAUGGUUUCCAAUACUCUGGAAGGUCGACUGGAUCUCUUAUCCCGGCAAAAGAUACCAGAAAUACGAAAGGCCUUGUUUGGAGCCAGAGCCAACAGGAAGUUCUUUAAGCCUCUAGGAAGUGAAGCUCAUGUUGAACUUCUAAGCUAUAAAAGCAUGAGUUAUUAGGACAAAGGAAACCAGUAAUAUCUCCUCCUCUUUUUUGCUCUGGUAUUAGUCUAUCUUCAUGAAAUACCCUUUGACUAGCUAAAGGCAUUAUACUUUGGAAUAAAGCCUGACUUAGUGCUUAGCAACUAUUUCCACUUUAUCUAUACAUAUUACAGCUUCUUGUCAGUUCUACAGUCUGGGUUGAAGGGAGGAGAGACAUCUGUUCUUUAGCUCGUCCUCCAACUGAGAUGUGAAUGAUAUUCUUGACCUAUGGGUCUGGGUGUUCUAAAGCUCUUUAAUAUGUAUGUGAAGUUUGUUUUUCUUCUUUUGUCUCAGCUUCUUGUUCUUAUGUUAUUUAAUAAGGUCUAGAACUCUUUUUCAUGUGUAGAGGGUCAACUUCAUGGGCAUAUGGUGAGUGCAGUCACACAGAGCUUCAUGUCAGAAGAGCCUGGGACUUGGGGGUCUAAUGCUUUAUAGCCACUGUCUGGAAAUUCUUAAUUUUAUUUUUGCAUGUGUGCUUUAUAAGUGAGGUCCAGUGGGACUUUGGAGCAUGUGUCAGGGACUUGGACCUUGGCUCACACGUAGUACUAAUUCCCAAAGCCUACCCAUCUCCCUGGGAUGGGUUCUUGACCACCCACUUCCCAGCACCCUGGUGCUCCAAGGCCCUGCCUUCCCUUACCUCAACUAGUGCACAUUGCUGCCCUCUGCCCAGUGUGCAUGCGGGGAGGGUCUGUAUGCUCCGUAGAAUCUUAGGGCUGGGCAUAAUGGUGGCCAUCUCUGCUCUGGUUGGCAGCUCCAUGGCACAUUCAGCAGGUGACUUGGUGAGCGUGGGUCUCUCACCCACCAGAUACUGGGCACAUCUCAGUGUGGAGGUUUAAAGACCCUGGGGUUCACCUGUCUCCUGUGGAUUGGAUCAGCCAGCCUAUUGGAAUGGGAGAUACCUGGCUUGGCUUCCCUGACCCUGGCCUCAGUACAACACAUAGAUCUGGGGGCUGGUGGGAAGGAGGGCCCAGCAGUUGUCAAGGUUGCUGGGCCUGAGUCUAGGGGAGGGAUCUUCAGGAGCUUAUAAGGGUCUGCACUUGCCCUGUAAAGUAUCCUGUGCCUGAUGGAGUUCUGCAUUAGACAACUCGGUGUCUGUGGGGGGACUUGGGCUCAUCUCUUGUGACCAGCUGGAUGCAUCUUCUGGGAGAAGCCAAGAAAUACAGUCAUUGUGGUGAUUCUCUUAUAUGGGCAUUGCACAAUAUAAAGAUAAAUGAUAAAAUUCAUGCUAAGGAUUUUAUAUUGAAUUUUUAUUUACUUAGACAUUAAAUAGCAAAUAAACACCAUGACAAGCCAAAAGAGAGACUGCAGAAGAAAAGAAAAAGCUUUAUAAGUAUUUUAGUACCUUUAACUGUACUUUUUGAACAAAGGAUUCCACAGUUUCAUUUUACACUGGGCCCCAUAAAUUAUGUAGCUGGUUCUGCAUGUGUAUGGUGAUUUUAAGUCUAAUUUAUGCCUGAGUGUGAUUUAUGUAUUAAAAUAGAAGUUUUUUGAAAAAAAGAAUCCCCAGGCAACUCUGCCAAGGGCAAAGGUUGGCUUGUGUGGUCAGGAAUUUAUAAGGAACAGAAAUCCCAUGAAGCUCAAACACAGAGUAGGAGGCAGGUUAUUAGUAAACAGGGGUGUCUCACAGAAGCUUGGGACAGGAAUCUGUCAUGGUCUCAGGGGAGGGCUGGAACUGGGCAUCAGAAAGCUUUCUGAAGUCCUCUAGAUGGCUAGUUCAUUUUCUUUUUUAAGCAGUGACUUUUUCUACUGUCCAUUUUAUUUUUUUAUUAUAAUUAUUUUUUAAACAUAAG